CACACACACACCUGUCUCCCUGACUCUGCUUAAUCGGUGUGUGUGUGCAUGUGCGUGUAUGUUAGCUCCCAGUCCAGUGGAGUUUUUUAUCCUCAGUAAGACCACCUCGUCUGUGACAGUUGGCUGGGGCCAAGCCAGCGGCGAUGUGAAAGGCUUCAUCCUGUCAAUUACAAACCAAACCUCCAAUCAGCAGCUGAACCUCUCUGCCCAGGAGACAUGGUGAGUCCUGCCCUCCUGGCACACUGUCCUUAUUGGCUGAUCUAGCUGCCCCUUGCUGUCUGGGUAACACUGGUUGUGUUUGUGUGUGUUCGCAUGUUUGUGUGUGUGUGUGUGUGUGUGUGCGCGUGCGUGCGAGCGUGUGUGUGAGCGUGUGUGUGUAGGUCCUACAGGUUUGAGUGCCUCUCCCCAGGAAGCCAUUACACAGUAGAUGUUAUCAGCAGCAAUGGAGAGAGGAGGAGUACAAAUGCUUCUGUAGACAUCAACACCAUCAAAGGAGCCCCACAGGAAGUGCUGCUGGUGGAAGAGGAUGUGACCUCAUCAGUGUUUGUGAGUUGGGGAGCUGCCGCAGGGGGAUGGAGGGGUACAAGCUACUGUUGUGUCCAUCAGGGGACAAGUCGUCAUGUCGUGAGAUGGUGGUCCAUAGCAACAGUCUCCAAGUUGGAGGUUUGACCCCAGGAUCAGAUUAUGACAUUACCAUCCUUAGCCUGCUGGGAUCAGACACCAGGCAACCUGUCAUUACACAGUUCUCCAUACGUCCGGCUGGUGUGUGUUCCCUCGCUCUCCUCCAUGUUAACUCUUCCUGUGCCGUGGUGAAGUGGGAUGCUGCCAUUGGCCAGUUUGACUUCCACAGGGUAACUGUGGGAAAUGGCUUGCAUUCACACACGCUAGUGGUUGAGGCACGGCUGUAGCUACAACAUGAGUGUGGGGUGCAUCAGACAAGAAGUGGCAGGGACAACAGCCUCCCUGACCAUAACGACAGUACCGGGCCGUGUGAGGGGUGUGUGUAUGGUGAGUGUGUCUGCUCAGAACUUCUCUCUGCAUUGGGAGCAGUCAGAGGGGUGUGUGGACCAGUACCUUGUCAGCCUGCUGCCCAUCCAAGGAACUGUCUCUGUCUACCACACACACAAUGGACACGUACAGGCUGAUGUAUCCAGUAUGAGUUCUCGAACAGCGUUUACAGUCAUGGUGACUGCCGCGUCCUCCUCCAACCUCAGCCCUCCGGUCAGCCGCAUUAUCAACACCAACGAAACCGCCCCAACAUCCCCACCUACCAAUCUAGAGGGAGAGAGGGUAGGCUCCAAUGGGAUCCUUCUGUCUUGGACCAUGCCCUCUGACUCUCCCAUCGACGGUUAUGUGAUCAGGUACAAGGAGAUGUGUCCAUAUCCAGAUACCACCUUCAAAGAGGUGACCAAGCACCUAGAUGUCCCUGAGACCCUCCUCAACCUCUUUUUACCAGGAUCUACCUAUAACAUUAAGGUUGCAGCAGAAAACUCUGCUGGUAUUGGUCCCUAUAGCAAGUCUAUGUACAUCAAAACUGCUGAGGCCCCCCCCGGCCUGGUGACUAAUCUGACAGCAUUUGCUCAGAACCACACGUUCGUAGUGGUCACGUGGUUCCUGCCGCUCCGCAUCAACGGUCUGAUCAACAAGUUUGCGGUCAAAGCCAAACACGCUCGUACCGGUCAGACUGUCCGCAUGCUGGAGCUGGAUGCUGAGGAAAUCAUGACCGUAGCGCUACCACACUGCAACGAUGCAGUAGAAAUCCUGUCUCGUGGAACCGCAAGUCCAUCAGAGGUGACAGCGUCCUCUCCUCCUGUCACCCUGUCAGCCGUCCCACCUGCCGCCACAUGGGCUGUACCAAUAUCCGUAGGGGUGGACCAGCUGCGACCCUACACAGCAUACGUCUUCGAAGUGUCCGCUUUCACCUCCGACGGAGAGGGACAGGUAGCCUCCACCAUGGUCCGCAUGCCUGAGUCAGCCCCAGAGGACCCUCCCUACAACCUGUCGGUAUGGAAUGUGACGUCUAAGUCAGUCUCUGUCUCCUGGGAUCCGCCAACCAUUGUUACCGGACGCUUCAGCUACGUCACCCAUCUCUACGGCCCCACAGGGUUUAUCUAUGAGAACAGCACAGGGGACCUGAAGUUUGCGUACUCUGGUCUGACUCCCUACACACACUACAGAGUAGAGGUCCGGGCCAAGUCUGCUGGCUUGCUGGGGCCUGAGGCCUUUUCUGCAGUACUGACACAUUCUGAGGCUCCCAGUGCGGUGCAGGCUCUGCAGGCAGUAGCACUAGACUCUGUGUCGGUGGGUGUGAGUUGGAGAAGCCCUGCCCAACCCAAUGGUCUGAUCACACAGUACAGACUCCUGGUUCUGUCUGACAACACACUGCUGCAGGACAUCACUCUCAUCGGAACACAGAACCUAAAUGACACUGAUCUCCAUGGUGAUGGAACGUUAGUGCCAGGUAUCCCUGGUGACUCUCUGCGGCGUAAGAGAUCAGCUGACCUCAGCCUGACCACCUCUCCGCUUGCAUUCACGGUCACCCUGUCCGACCACACAGUCGUCACUGGCAUGACCAUGACCACAACCAGCCGCACACACAGCGCUUCAACCCCCCCUGACCUUAAUCCUAACCUUGACCACAACAAUUACACUGUCCCCACAGUCACUGAGAGCCCCAGUCUGACCAGUAUGGGCCCUGGGACUGACCAGACCUCUGACUUUCCAGACUCCUCCCCUAUGACCUUUGAUGCUGUAACUUCAGGGACUUCUGUCCUCUCCAUGACCUCUUCAACCCCGGCCACACCCCUCCCCUGGCUCACUGCCAACUCACAUCCCGGCCAGCUCACCUCUGGCCAGCCACGCCUCUCCACCCGUUCUGCACCUGCAGUCACUGGACACCUCCAGACACUCCCCUCCACCAGGGCUGCAGCCUCCAGCACCCCGGGAGGACUGUAUGUGAGAGAGGAGGUGAUAGACAUGAAGUCUGAGGAGCUGUCUUACCUUGUCUCUGGUCUUAGUCCCUUCACUGAAUACACCUUCACUGUUACCGCUGCUACUGCUAUUGGAGAGGGUCCUGCCUCACACGUCUCUGAGAAGACCCGCGAGCAGGUUCCUAGCUCAGUGGUGGCUGUGUCCUAUCAGAACGUUAGCUCCACUUCCAUCCUGGUCAGCUGGACUCCGCCCCUCUACCCCAACGGACGAAUCACACAUUACACCGUUUACGGACUCAACCUGCACAGCAACCAGGCCCUGCAGAGAGUUACAAACAACACCAGCAUACUGCUCACAGGGCUGGAGAAGUAUACCGGUUAUAAGCUGCGAGUGGCUGCAUCUACUGCUGUAGGAGAGAGCUCUCUGUCUGACCGAGACGAUAUCUUCGCUGUCACACCCGAGGAUGAACCUGACUCCCCACCCAUAGGAUUAACAGUGGUAGACACCUCUCCUUCCACCACCACCCUCUCUUGGUCACCCCCGGAGAGAGCCAAUGGAGUGAUCCAACAGUAUGAGGUCCUGUACAAGAACCAAUCAUAUGUGGCAGUGUUGAACAGCUCUGUCCCCAGAGUGACUUUGACGGGGCUGAUGCCGUUCUCCUACUAUAACGUGUCUGUCAGAGCAUACACACGCCUCGGACACGGGAACCACACCUCAGACACACUCACUAUGCUGUCUGGGGAGGACGUACCGGGAAGUCCUCCCUACGGCCUGUCCUAUGAGUCCGUCAGUCCCAAUGAGGUGAAUGUGACCUGGGAACCCCCCCUAGUGCCUAAUGGAGUUAUCACGCACUACAGCCUUGAGCUGCGAAACUCUUCCCACUUCCUCAACCUGACCACACCCAUUAGCCACGUCCAGAUCACUCACCUAAGGAAGUUUGCGCAAUACACUCUGGUGGUGAAGGGACACACACGAAUGGGCCCUGGAAACCACAGCAGUGACCCACUCAACAUCACCACACUGGAGGAUGUGCCCAGUGAUCCGGUCCACAAUCUCAGUGCUCAGAUCUUCAGUUCUACAGCCAUCAUAGUAAGCUGGGACCCCCCUAUGGAACCCAAUGGACGCCCCUUCUACUUGCUCACCCUGCAGGAAGCAGGACACCCCCAACCCCCUAAACCUCUGAACCCCUCUUACCCUAACACCAACCCCCCCGGACCCCCCGCUGUCAACAAUACCAUCACCAAGACAACCAACGAUAACGUCUUCCUGUUUACCAAACUCAGGAAGUACUAUCCCUACGUCUUCACCGUUACCCCGGCAACCAGCGCCGGCCCGGCCCACAACCACACCAGCCUGCUGCACGUGAGGACUGAUGAUGAUAUUCCCAGUUCAGCUCCAGUGCUGGUGUCCUGUAGGAACCUGUCGUCCUCCUCUGUGUCUGUGGUGUGGCAGCGCCCCCUGGAGGCCAAUGGAGAGAUAACAGAGUAUUCCCUCACCAUGUUCGGCCCUGGCGGCUCCAACACCACACACACCCCCAACACCAUCCUCACACUCACACAGCUUCUGCCCUACACAGCCUACAACCUCUCCAUCACCGCAGCCACACGCAAGGGCUCCGGACCCCCGCUCCUACUGAUGCUGCACACAGAUGAAGCAGGUCCGAUGUCUCCUCCCCGGAACCUGUCUCUGUAUAACCACACAGCCUUUUCUGUGUGGCUGACCUGGGAACCCUCUCUGGAACCCAAUGGUGUGGUCACAAACUACGGCUUCAGGAUCUGGGAGAUUAACACAAACACAAUCAGAUAUCAGAACUCUACAGGUCCGUGGACAGAAGGACAGCUGAGUGGGUUCAGGCCUCACAGCUCCUAUGAGAUCAGUGUGCUUAGCUACACCAGAGUGGGUCAUGGAGACCAGUAUAGCACUCCUGUGUCCUUCACAACCAAUGAGUCCGUGUCUGAAGUUGUGGGUAACCUGUCCUGCUCUGGUCUGGGCUGGGACUCUGUGUUUCUACACUGGGAGCCUCCAGCCAACCCCAAUGGACUCAUCCUGUACUACCAGGUCCAGGUGGACAGACACUCAGACUCACAGUCAUACAUACACCAGGCUGACACAAACCAGUAUACGGUCAGCGGGCUGGCACCGGAUGCAGAAUUCACACUCACCGUAACAGCUGUCAACUCUGCUGGCCCAGGAGACCAGGUCAACUGUACUGCCUACACACACCCCGAGUCAGUUCCUGGUGUCCCUCGAUUCCUGAGUGUGUCAGAGGCCACGUCCACCAGCGUGACGCUCCAAUGGGCUGCUCCCCUCUCUGCUCUGGGCAUGCUCACUGAGUACCACAUCACUGUGCAGCUGCUGUCACCUGACUGCCUGUCCAACACACCCCUUUCUGAAGCCACACCCCUCCCAGAGCCGAGCCCUUCCCUGGCUCCAGGCUGCGUGGAUCAGGAGGUGUUGGUGUCAGUGAAUGGUUCUGAUGGUGGGGAGGGCAAUAGGAGCAUCACUCUCCAGUCUCUGGUCAAGUACCGCCUCUACCGCUUCAGAAUCACAGCCCUUACUAAUGCUGGGCCAGGAGAACACACACCCUGGAGAUACACACACACAUUGGCUGGGAACCCUGAUGCCCCUCCCAGCAACCUCUCAAUGACCAUGUCCUCCAAUGGCCUCCGUAUCGAAUGGCAACUCCCAGAUGUGAUUACCGGCCCCACUUCCUACCUCAUAGACGUAAUCUCUCUGGAUAGCGAGGGGUUAAACCAGUCUAUAGUUCGCGGCCCAGAGGAGCUGAGGACCGUAGUUGUGUCAAACCUGACUGCGUUCACUCGCUACUCUGUGACCGUGACCGCCUUCACUGGACGACUGGAGAACGCACGGCGGGACGGACAGGCCACUGAGCCCACUGUCAUCAGAACAAUGGAGGAGGAGCCCAGGGAUCCCCCUAAGAACGUGACCCUCCAGGUAAUUCCAGAGGAAGUGACCCGUGUGUUUGUGACCUUUGCCCCCCCGGAGGAGCCUAAUGGGAACAUCAGUUCCUAUACGGUGCUGGUCUACCGCCAAGGCCAGCUAGAGAUGACCAUCGACCGCCUCACCGUAGUCCAAAACGAGAACCGCACCCUGACCGCAGUCAUCGACGGGCUGAAGGGAGGCUACAACUAUAGUAUACGGAUUGCAGCGGUAAACGGAGCAGGUUUAAGCCCCCCCAGCUCAGAGGUUCAGAUCACUACAGGGAUCAAAGCUCCUGCCAAGCCCACCCAGAGACCCCAGGUGAUGUUGGACCGAGGAGGAGUUGCCAUGGUAACCUCCAGAAGCAUCAUUGUUCGCAUGCCAGCCUGUUUCUACAGCAAUGACAACGGACCAAUCAGCAGCAUCCAGGUCAUCAUGUCCGAAUCUGGGGUGAUGGACAGCAUGAACCUGACCAACUGGAAGACAGCAUUUCUCUCUCGUCCCGCCCCCUACCUAACAGACAAUGGCUUCCCCAACCCUCUCUGCGUGAGGGACCGUAUGAGCAGGGACACACAAACCAGCAGACUCACUUUCUCACGCAUUAGACACAGUAUUGUGAGGGACAGGGUUCUGGGACAUAGAGACUCAGGGGGGGAGCGCAUAGACCACCAGGAUGAUCACUAUGUCAUCGGAGAGAAGGACAACUGUCUGACUGAAGAGUACAGUAACACACUCUGUAACGGACCCCUCAAACCAAACACUGUCUAUGUGUUUAAGUUCCGAGCCACCAACAUCCGGGGCCAGUACACAGACUCCGACUACUCUGAGCAUAUCAGAACAGCAGUGGAUGGGUUGUUGACCAGAGAUGAACAGAUCAUUCUGGGAGUUCUCCUCUCCUUCUUCCUGGCCCUGCUGCUCAUCCUCAUCAUCUACGCCUCUGUCAGGAUCCGUCAGCGGCAGAAGGAGGGCGGGACCUACUCUCCCCGGGAGGCGGAGAUUAUAGAGACCAAGUUUAAACUGGAUCAACUGAUUGCUGUGGCUGACCUGGAGCUGAAGGAAGAGAAACUACACCGGUAUUCCUCCUUCUUCUUUAGACGGAAGGAGAUAUUUGUCAUCCAACUUCUCAGCUACAGAAAGUCUCUCAAGCCCGUCAAUAAGAAGUCUUUCCUGCAGCAUGUAGAGGAUCUGUGUGCCAACGAGAACACCAAGUUCCAGGAAGAGUUUGCAGAGUUGCCCAAACUGCUGCAGGAUCUGGCUACUUCAGACGCUGACCUUCCCUGGAACAGAUCCAAGAACCGCUUCACUAACAUCAAACCCUACAACAACAACCGUGUGAAGCUCUUGUCUGAACCUGGCAUGCCUGGAUCUGACUACAUUAACGCUAGCUUCAUCUCAGGUUACCUGUGUCCUAGUGAGUUCAUCGCGACCCAGGGUCCUCUCCCCGGCACUGUGGCUGACUUUUGGAGGAUGAUCUGGGAGACUCGCACACGAACCAUCGCUAUGCUCAUACAGUGCUAUGAGAAAGGAAGGAUCCGGUGUCACCAGUACUGGCCAGAGGACAAUAAGCCAGUGACAGUGUUUGGGGACAUCAUCAUCACCAAGCUGACAGAGGACGUUUAUCCUGACUGGACCGUCAGAGCUCUCAAAGUGGAGCGGCAUGGGGACUACAUGGUGGUUCACCACUUCAACUACACCUCCUGGCCAGAGCAUGGUGUACCAGAUUCCAGCACCACACUCAUACAGUUUGUUCGAGCCAUCAGAGCCAACAGGCAUGAGAACACUACUAUAGUGGUGCACUGCAGUGCUGGCGUGGGCAGGACAGGAGUGUUUAUAACGCUGGAUCACCUGAUCCAACACGUCAGUGAUCACGACUUUGUGGACAUCUACGGUCUGGUGGCUGAACUACGCAGUGAGAGGAUGUGUAUGGUGCAGAACCUGGCCCAGUAUAUGUUCCUACACCAGAGUACUCUGGACCUGCUGAACAGUAAAGGAAACAGCCAGUCCAUCUGGUUCAUCAACUACUCUGCUCUGGAGAAGAUGGACUCACUGGAAGCUAUGGAGGGUGAUGUCGAGCUGGAAUGGGAGGAGACUACGAUGUAAAGGCUGAGAACUUAUCAGUCAGCUUCACACCUGAUGAACACACAUCUAUCCCUGGGUCAUGGGGCCAAAUCCUGGACACACUGACUGUUUGUCAGAUGGAUUGCUCCACCAGAGAUGGAGGGAGAGAGAAUUGUGUAGUCCAGAGUCAUGUUUCCUCUAGCUUCUUUGGGAACACAAGUUGUCCUUUUCUGGCAGGAGGGUCAAAACAACAACAGAAACUUAGUUGUUUACCUGGCCUGAAUCAUCACACAAUUACAGUCCUCGUGGAGUCCUGCAUCUUUUGUAAAAGUUCACAGGCAGAAAAGAUAGGGAUAUAUAUCACACAUGGAGGUUUACAGGUAUCUUGCAAUAGUCAUUCCACUGUGUAUUUCAUUGGAUUCUUGUAUCAUGUUUUUGUAUAUUAGGUUUUUCGGCCAAAUAGUGUUGUCACGGUGUUCAUAUGUUUCCUUCGCUGUGUUACUACGUUUAUAUCACGUGUUGCUAUGUUUGUCAUUGUAAUUGGGAGGUUUGAGGUAUAAUAUAUUUGUGGGGUGUUCUUGUGUAUUUGAUGUAUUUUGUUCCACAUCUGUGUUUUGGACCAGAAGUAAAAUCAACUCCACUACUCA